AUGGGCGAGCUGCCGACCGGGUGUCGGAAAAGGAGGCGGAAGCGGGGAGGAGUCGCCGCGGGAGCCGCACAGCAUCCGCCGCGGCGUCUCCAUGGCACGGCCCUGGCCUCCGACUUCAACGACUUCAUAAGGAGGCGUUUCUGGGCGCAGCCGUGUCGCUCCUGGUUUCCAUCGUGUGGGAAGAACGGAGUAACAAGUCUCACGCAGAAAAAGGUCUUGCGGACACCCUGUGUUGCGCCCAGUGUGACCGUGACGAAGCGAACCAUGAAGGACCGCCCUUCAACUCCCCCCUUACAUGUUCACGUGGAUGAGAACACUCCUGUCCACGUCCACAUAAAAAAACUCCCGAAACCGUCAGCAACCAGCAGCCAGAAAUCUCAUAAGCGCGGAAUGAAAGGGGACACCGUGAAUGUGCGGCGGAGUGUCCGGGUGAAAACCAAGAAUCCGCCUCAUUGCCUGGAGAUCACGCCACCAUCUUCAGAAAAGCUGGUCUCGGUGAUGCGGUUAAGUGACCUCUCUACAGAAGAUGACGACUCGGGUCACUGUAAAAUGAACCGUUAUGAUAAGAAGAUUGACAGUCUAAUGAACGCGGUCGGUUGUCUCAAGUCUGAGGUCAAGAUGCAGAAAGGUGAGCGCCAGAUGGCCAAAAGGUUCCUGGAGGAGCGGAAGGAGGAGCUGGAGGAGGUGGCCCAUGAGCUGGCCGAGACGGAGCACGAGAACACGGUGCUGAGGCACAACAUCGAGCGCAUCAAGGAGGAGAAGGACUUCACCAUGCUUCAGAAGAAACACCUCCAGCAGGAGAAGGAGUGCCUCAUGUCCAAGUUGGUAGAGGCUGAAAUGGAUGGGGCUGCUGCUGCCAAGCAAGUCAUGGCCUUGAAGGACACCAUCGGGAAGCUGAAGACAGAGAAACAAAUGACCUGCACGGACAUCAACACCCUGACGAGGCAGAAGGAACUUCUCCUGCAGAAGCUGAGCACGUUUGAGGAGACCAACCGCACCCUCCGAGACCUGCUGAGGGAACAGCACUGCAAAGAGGAUUCCGAAAGGCUAAUGGAGCAACAAGGAGCACUACUCAAAAGGCUGGCGGAGGCGGACUCAGAGAAAGCGCGCCUGCUGUUACUACUGCAAGACAAGGACAAGGAAGUAGAAGAACUUCUCCAGGAAAUACAAUGUGAGAAGGCUCAAGCAAAGACAGCGUCCGAGCUUUCUAAAUCCAUGGAGUCUAUGCGGGGGCAUUUGCAGGCCCAGCUCCGGUGCAAAGAGGCAGAGAACAGUCGCCUGUGCAUGCAGAUCAAGGGAGUGUCUUGGCCUCAUGGGAGGAUCAGGACACAGAAGGCUUUUGGAGGGGGUGGAAUGGGAGACCAAUCUGAAGGCUGUCAGAAGAGCCGGGUGACAGAUCUUGUAAACCAACAACAAACAUUGGAGGAGAAGAUGCGGGAAGACCGGGACAGCCUGGUGGAGAGACUACACCGGCAGACUGCUGAGUAUUCCGCGUUCAAGCUAGAGAACGAGAGGCUGAAGGCUAGUUUCGCCCCGAUGGAGGACAAGCUCAAUCAGGCGCACAUCGAGGUGCAGCAGCUGAAGGCGUCGGUUAAGAACUAUGAAGGGAUGAUCGACAACUAUAAGAGUCAGGUGAUGAAGACCAGACUGGAGGCUGAUGAAGUGGCCGCCCAGCUAGAACGCUGUGACAAAGAGAACAAGAUCCUUAAAGAUGAGAUGAACAAAGAGAUCGAAGCGGCCCGUAGGCAGUUCCAGUCCCAGCUGGCUGACCUGCAGCAGCUGCCUGACAUCCUCAAGAUCACAGAGGCUAAGCUGGCAGAGUGCCAGGACCAGCUGCAGGGCUACGAGAGGAAGAACAUCGACCUCACAGCCAUCAUAUCAGACCUGCGCAGCCGGAUCGAACAUCAGGGGGACAAGCUGGAGAUGGCAAGAGAGAAACAUCAGGCUUCCCAGAAGGAAAAUAAACAGCUGAGUCUGAAGGUGGAUGAACUGGAGAGGUUAGAGGCACUUGGUCCCAUCUCUGUCCUCUUCCUAGGACCUGAGACUUUCAGCCACUUAGCUGCUUUGGGCUUAGUGUGCAGAAGUGUUGAGGGACUCAAGGCCCUAGAAGGUACUGGGCAGACCCCAGAGGAAAAGCUGCUUCCAUUGCAGUGGAAACUGGAGGCAACCAGCGCCCAGAAUAUCGAGUUCCUACAGGUGAUUGCCAAGAGGGAGGAAGCGAUCCACCAGUCCCAGCUGCGGCUAGAGGAGAAAACACGGGAAUGUGGGAGCCUGGCCAGGCAGUUGGAGAGCGCCAUCGAAGAUGCUAGGAGGCAGGUGGAACAGACCAAGGAGCAUGCAGUCUCCAAGGAGCGAGCUGCCCAGAACAAAAUCCUGGACCUUGAGACCCAGCUGAGCAGGACCAAGACGGAGCUCAGCCAGCUGCGGCGGAGCCGAGACGACGCUGACCGUCGCUACCAGAGCCGGCUGCAAGACCUCAAAGAUCGCCUGGAGCAGUCGGAGAGCACCAAUCGCAGCAUGCAGAACUACGUCCAGUUCCUCAAGUCAUCUUAUGCCAACGUGUUUGGGGACAGUCCCUACACUACCUUCCUCACCAGCUCUCCCAUCCGCUCCCGAUCUCCUCCCACCUAA